CUCCAGGCCCCAGGAGGGUAGUUCCGCCCUCACCACGGCCUCCUCCGCCUCCUCGCCCGCCUCCUCCACCUCCAGCACCUCCAGCACCGGCAACAACUCGUCCAACAAGAACAAUCCAACGGGGAACGAGCCGCCCAAGAUUUACUCGUGGAUGAAGAGGGUGCACAUCGGCCAGAGCACGGUGAACGCGAACGGCGAGGUGAAACGGCAAAGGACGUCCUACACCAGGUACCAGACGUUGGAGCUCGAGAAGGAGUUCCACUUCAACCGAUACCUGACCAGGCGGCGUCGCAUCGAGAUCGCGCACGCCCUCUGCCUUACGGAGCGGCAGAUCAAGAUCUGGUUCCAGAAUCGGCGGAUGAAGUGGAAAAAGGAGCACAAGAUGGCGAGCAUGAACAUUGUACCGUACCACAUGUCGCCUUAC